CCGCUUUUUAUUUGCUUCGCGAUUAUUGAAAGAAUAUAUACAUGUUCGACGAUCAAUAUUAUAAAUUUAAUGAAACUCUUUUGAGACUUCUUGGUUUAUGGCCUUAUGGAAGUACCAAGUGUCAGCGUUUUCGUUCAAUAUUCUUAUAUAUGUUACUCCUUUCUCGGAUGAUUGCAGAGUUCUCGCAACUUAUUAUAGUUGACUUUAAUGUAAAUGUCAUUAUCAAGAUUUUAUUGAAUGCUUCUACGGCUCUUUUGCAAUUUGUUAUCUUUCACACGAUUUUCAUCAAUAGUAAAACACUGAAACAAGCACUGAAAGAAGUUAAUGAUAAUCGGCGGACUUUGACAGACUCGGAAGAAAUUAAAAUACUAUAUUAUUACGCUCAUCAAGGAGAAAAAGUUAUAUUUAUUGUGUUAUGGCUGGUAGUAUUCGUAUCGCUUACACUCUUCAUAAGUGGACUGCUACCGGAUAUUUUCGACUUUCUUCUACCAUUAAACGAAUCACGUCCACAUAAUUUACUAAUCAUGGCCGAGUAUCAAAUAAACGUCGGAAUACAAUAUUACAUUUUUUACUUAUAUUCUAUGAUUAGUACUAUUACUGCUCUUUUUACAACAACAAUCAUCUUGUCAGCAAUGGUAUUUUUAUAUUUACACUGCUGCGCAAUACUCAAAAUUUGCAGUUAUCGAAUAAAACAAAUUGUGGAUAAAAAUGUAUUAGCGUACUAUAACAAGUCAAAUAUAAUCAUCGAAAGAAUAAUUAGAGUAGUGGAACUUCAUCGAAAAAUAAAGAAGCUUCUAAAAUUGAUUACGACAAAUUUUGCAUCGUGUUAUCUUAUUGCAUUCAUAGUAGGCAUAUGUACCAUUGCUAUGAGUUUAUAUACAUUGCUGAACGUAAUAAAAUACAUGCAUAAUUUUGCUGAAGCUGUAAUACCGACAAGUUAUAUAAUAGCAUAUCAGCUUUGUUUCUUCAUCUUAUCUUUUAUGGCGCAAUUAGUGACAAACCAUUCUGAUGAAUUUUCUAACGCACUAUACAUGACGUUAUGGUAUGAAGCACUUAUAACAAUACAAAAAUCAUUAUUGUUUAUGAUGAUUAUCUCUUCAAAAAGCAUAACAGUGAACAUUGGCGGUGUAUGUAUUAUAUCAAUGGAAACCUUUACAGCGAUUUCGAAAACGUCAAUGUCCAUUCUGACGGUAUUUCUUUCCAUACAAUAAUUUCAUGAUCUAAAGCAGAAUAAGUAACCGUUCGUAUUGGUAUACACAUGAUAAAAAUUUUCUACAG